UGACCCGUCAACUGCUGGGUAUAUAACACCCACCGUUAACGCUCUGUAGCUCACCAUCUCUUUCCCCGCUACGUCUCGAAUCCUGACGACUGACUCGUAACAAACGAACGAACGUCGCUCACCACAAUCCUUACAACCAGCGCACACGAACACGACCACCAUGCCCCUCCACUUCACCGUCUUCGACCUCGAGUUCCAGUUCACCUUCGAACCCUACAAGAUCAAGCGCGCCACCAAAGCCAAGGCCGCGCAGUACCCCCCGUCUACCUACCCCGCUUUCCACCACCCGUGCACCGCCACCAACUGCACCUACGCGAACCCGCCCAGCUGCACCGCCGGCACCUUCCGCUGCCGCGGCGCGCCCGAGGGGCCCUUCACCUGCACGGGCUACUACCACGUCUCCGAGCGCAAGGCGCGCGCGAACAGGGCGUGGUGGGAGGCGCGGCGGCGCUCGGCGCUCAUGCAGGAGGCGCGCGAUGUGAGGACAGGGGUCUGGGAGGAGCAGAUGCUGGAGUGGAGAAGGGAGCUUGAGGGGAGGGAGAGGUAUGAAAGGGAGAGGGCGGAGGCGGAGGCGAGAGAGGGGGCGAGGGCGGCGGCGAGGAUGGAGAGACAGAGGGCGUCUCCCACGUCACGACCCCGCGGCCCUCGCGCGCGGUCGCCGGCAAUCUGCGAGGACCGUUCUGCGGGCCAGUCUUCGCGGCGCUCACCGACUGCAGGCCGGGAGCGGUCUUCACCGUCCGGCACGCGGGCCUCCCCAUCCAGCGCGCGUCGCUGGGCCGUGCAAAACGCCUAGACGACUACUUGACGACCUCUACUACUCUGCCUGCCUGUCUUUACUGUACAUCGACGAGUCUUCGCCUUAGCUGGACUAUAGGCGUAAUUCAUCGAUAAUUAUUUCUCGCCUUCU